AAAGCAAAAAGCAAUGAGCUUGUUCGCUUCUUGUCUUGUCAACAAAAAAGACAGUUCAACACAAUAUUCACAAGAAGAAGCGUAUUCAAAAACCUGUUUUUCAUGCUGUCUUGGUUUUAAAACAAGGGGUAAUCGUACUGGUGUGAUACGACUCAUGAACACCAUGGAUGACUAUCUAAAUCAACCCUCGCCUGUCAGUAUAGAAGCCUUGUUGGCUGAACAAGAAGAGGAAUUAGACCAAUACUAUGAUCAAACAGACGAUGAAGAUUCAUUUCAUGGCCCUAGUAUUCAUGCAAAGACAAAAGGCAGCUUUUAUGAAGAUGAUGCUGAGUCCCUGUCUGAGCAUCGUAUCUCGGCCAUUCUUGAUGAUGGUCCAGUCAUGAACGCAGGUGGUAGAGUGUUUGCUAUUAAACCACGACAGGAAGAAGAAACAAUUGUCUGUCAAAUGGAGACGCAUGCAUCUCAAGAACUAGUGCAACUUGAUACGAUACCAACACCUUUCAAACAAUAUACAUUUCCAGCUACUCAUUUGACAAAAGCAUCUUAUUCGCCAUCACCGCCUAUGUUGAUUCAUCAUGAUACACGUCAAGACUCGAUACCCCAACCAAUACCCUCCUUGUCAAACACAAGUUCAUUGGAUAAAUCUUCUGUUGUAGCAGCAGCUCAAAGCUUAUUAGGAGACAAGCUUGAUGAUUUUACAGAAAAACUAGCUUUGAUUAAAAAGAACAUUAUCUCGAGCGUAGAAGACGAUCCACAAGGUUCAAUGAGUCGACCCAAAUCAGAAAGCCUAAGGUAAAAUGUAUUUCGACUAUGGUGAAUGCUUAUAUUGAAAUCUUAGUGAAGGCCUUGAAAAAGCGUUAGAUACGUUGCUUCCAAAGUUUAAAAAACCACAGACUAUCAACGAAUCAUCAUCACUAAACCAUGAAAGCGAAGAGGAAGAACUAUUUGAUUUCAGCAAAAUGGUUACUCUUGGUAAAAAUGUUCGUACUUUUAGUGGAGAUAUGAUGGAUAAUGGUAUCCGUAUAUUGAACAGCAUAUCAAGUCGUAUUAAAGAUAAUGAGCAAGAAUAAAUGAUUAAAAAAAAUCGCUUUAUAACGAGACACAGGUUUUUUAUCACACCAAAAAAUCAAUCAUUUUAUCAAAUGAAAGAUGAUUUAAAAGAAUAAAUUUCAUUUAAC